AUGAACAUCGGCGAUAUGGAAAAAAGUUGGAUUGAUUCAAAGAAUAGGAAUUCAGAAGAAUAUAGAAGAAAAGUUGAUGAAUUUUUAGAGUUAGCUUACAAAGACAAGACUGAAGAUAGCAGAAUUUAUUGUCCAUGUUGUGAUUGCAAGAAUCGUUAUUUUGUCUCUAAGUUAGAUGCUAGGAUGCAUAUUAUUGUUAGAGGCUUUUAUAACAAAUAUAGAGUUUGGGUUUACCAUGGGGAAACUUACAGUUCUCAACAAACAACCUUGUCUUCUGGAGGUACAAGUGAUAUGAAUACAGAUGAUAAUAUGUUUAGAAUGGUUCAAGAUGUUUUUGGUGCCAACAAUAGCCAUGAUUUUAGAUUAGAAGAUGAUUUAGUUGGGAUGGAUGAAAAAACCAAGCGAUAUAUGAAAUUAUUGCAAGAAGCUGAGUGUGAAUUGUAUGAAGGUUGUAAAAAUUUCACAAAACUGGCAUUCAUUGUUCAUCUCCUACAACUAAAAGUUCUAGGUAGUUGGCCUCAUAAUUCCUUCACUCUUUUACUUCAAUUGUUGGUAAAAGCCUUUCCUCAUGCAAAGUUACCUUCAUCCUUUUAUGAAGCCAAAAAAAUAACUGAAGAUCUUGGCUUCACAUACCACACUUGGGAUGUUUGCCCAAAUGACUGUAUGAUAUUUCGUGGUGAAGAUAGUAAACUUAAAGAAUGUGAAGUAUGUGAAUCACCUCGAUACAAGCCUGGGGGUAAGCAAAUUGCUGCAAAGCAAAUACGGUAUUUUCCAUUAAAGCCAAGAUUGCAAAAACUUUUCCUGUCAUCUGAGAUUGCUUCAUUAAUGAAAUGGCAUGAAAAAGAAAGAACUGAUGAUGGUGUCCUGAGACACCCUGCUGAUUCUCAAGCUUGGAAGUCUUUUGAUAACAAAUAUUCAUCUUUUGCUAGUGAUUGUCAACAAUGA